AUGGCUGCCGAAUGGGGCCUGGGCUGGCUGGGUGUGAGCCUGGCCCUGCUGGCCCUCGCCCCAGUGUGCCAGAGCUGCCCGCCACGCUGUGACUGUGUGGCUCAGCUCCGCUCCGUGUCCUGCCAGCGCAAGCGACUUUCGGGUGUUCCUGAAGGCAUCCCGACUGAGACACAACUGCUGGACCUCAGUCGGAACCGGCUGCGUUGGGUGGGGCCUGGAGACUUUGCACCGUACCCUAGGUUAGAGGAGGUGGACCUGAGUGAGAACCUGAUAUCCACCCUAGAGCCCAAUGCCUUUGCCAGUCUGCAGGCCUUGCGCACGUUGCAUCUUCGAGGAAACCAGUUGAAGCUGGUGCCUAUGGGUGCCUUUGCUCGCCUGACGAACCUCACCAUCCUGGACCUGAGUGAAAACAAGAUUGUCAUUCUGCUGGACUAUACAUUUCAGGACCUGCAUAGCCUCAAACACCUAGAGGUUGGUGACAAUGACCUGGUCUACAUUUCCCAUAAGGCCUUCUCAGGGUUGCUGGGACUGGAGGACUUAACAAUAGAAAGAUGCAAUCUGACUUCAAUCUCUGGACAAACCCUGUCCUACCUGCGCAACCUGCUCACCCUCCGACUACGCCACCUUAGCAUUCCUGCCCUUGAGGACCAAAACUUCCGCAAGAUGACCGCUCUGCGUGGGCUUGAAAUUGACAACUGGCCAUACCUGGAUUACAUUUCCCCUUUAAGCUUUCAGGGACUAAACUUGACCUGGCUGUCCAUCACUUAUACCAACAUUACCACUGUCCCGUCAGCUUCCUUCCGCAACCUAGCCUACCUGACUUCCCUUAAUCUCUCCUAUAACCCCAUAUCUGUGCUAGAACCCUGGGCAUUCAAGGACCUCAUGAGGCUAAAAGAGCUGCACAUGGUCAGCACAAACCUGCAGACGGUGCAGCCUUAUGCUCUGGGUGGUCUGAGGCAGAUCCGAGUACUCAACCUGUCUAACAAUGAACUGGUUACACUUGAGGAGAGCUCUUUCCAUUCUGUCAACAGCCUUGAGACUUUACGCGUUGAUGGAAACCCUCUUUCUUGUGACUGCCGCCUACUUUGGAUUCUGCAACGCAGACGUACUCUAAACUUUGAUGGAAAGAUGCCAGUAUGUGCUGGUCCGGCUGAGGUACAGGGUAAUAUACUGAGCAGUUUUCCAGAUUCUGCGCUGUUUGACUACUUCACCUGCCAGAAGCCAAAGAUUCGUAACCGGAAGCUUCAGCAGAUGACAGUGCGUGAGGGACAGUUGGUAUCCUUUCUGUGCCAUGCUGAUGGUGAACCGGUGCCUGCUAUUAUCUGGAUCUCACCACAACGGCGAAAGAUCAGCUCAAAAAGCAGCAGCAGGAUCACAGUUCUACCAGGUGGAACACUAGAGAUUCGUUAUGCCCAAGUGACAGACAGUGGCACGUAUAUCUGCAUUGCCAGCAAUGCAGGCGGCAAUGACACCUACUUCGCAACGCUGACAGUGAAAGGACAGCCUCUGGACUCAGCGCUGUUCGGCAACAGGUCGCUGUAUGCAGUAGAUUUUAACGACACCAAUCUGAACAGUACGCGUGUCUUCCUUAAAUUCACACUGGACCUCACCACCAUCCUGGUGUCCACCGCCAUGGGUUGCAUCACUUUCCUGGGCGUGGUACUCUUCUGUUUCCUGCUGUUGUUCGUGUGGAGCCGCGGGAGGGGUCAACGCAAGAACAACUUCACAGUGGAGUACUCGUUCAGGAAAAGCGAGGGGCCCACGACCAGUUCGACUUCUGGAGCGACCCGCAAGUUUAACAUGAAAAUGAUAUGAAACCACGCAGCCAGGGGCCCACUAGGGGAGGCAUGAACACCCAACACAAACACACAGCUCUGAUUCGCAGAAAAAAGUAUAAAGGUUUUAGAAAUAAGAAAUAAGUAAUAUCACCUAACACCUUAAGUAAUAUCACCUUUAUCUUGAUCUCCCAAGCUGGAAAACGCUAUUAACAUUUAGAUAGCAGCUGAUGUUCACAUAAUUAAUAUAUUUUAUAAUUGAUAUAUUGUUUUUUU